AUGUUUCUGGGGAGCACCGUGUUUGGUGCUCUCGGCGCUCUCACCACCUGGGUUCUGGUCCAAUGGUUGCUAAGAAGGGUGGCACCGCAGAACGCGGUCGUCAGGUCGAUUAAUUAUUUCUUGCAAGCCGUUAUCGACCAUGUCGUCUUUGGUUGUGGGACGUUAGUUGCGCUUCUCCUUCUGUCCCCUUAUCUCCUCGGUGUCGCAUCCGAGCUCUUCCGGUUCCUUCGAACCCAGGUCGCCUCCCUAGAAUCAAAGUCGCUCCUUGAUUGGGUGGCACAUAUCCUGGAGAAGUUGGAUGUUAUAGGCAAGGAGAUGAGACAGGCGUCUACGAACCUAGAAGAGAACUGCCCUACCGACACGAAACGCAUCGAUCAGCGGCUCCGUAACGAUUCCGUGGUCUCUCCUGGGCCCUCAGCACUCUCCCAAAGCUGCGGAAAGGUCCUCCUUGCCGUAAGCGAAUACAACAAAAGCUUGGAUCGACUCUUCUCGGCGCUCCAACCGACGGAGCUAGAGGAGAUGAUCUACUGCGAUUGUGAAGAAUCCGAGUUGCGAUCCCAAAGAAUCCAGUCUGUGUUGGGCAUGCUUACCGCGAGUCUGAAAGAGCAGACGAAAGUCGCCGAGGCUAUGGGUGCCGUGUGUCUGGUGCUUUCGCCGAACUUGGCCCUCGGCGGCGAUGAGGAUACAGCGUGGACUCCGUAA